UACUCAAUUUGAUUCAGUUUUGGGGGAUUCGUGGGGGAUAUCACUGGACCUGCGAUGGACUCCAGCGCUGGGGAAUAUGGCAUGGCUCGUCUUGGAUUGUUUUUGGUUUUGAUGGGGCUGUGGAGAUUUAGCGAUGCUUGCCCCGCAUCCUGCACUUGCAGCAUCUCAAGGAUUGUUUGUAUUGAUUCUGUACCGGGGAUCAAGGAUUUCCCUCUCCUCACGUUAGAUGACAUGGAAAACAUCACGGAGAUAUACAUUACCAAUCAAGACAGACUGUUUGACAUCAACGACAACAGUCUGAGACACUACAUAAACCUCAGAAACCUAACAGUGAUGAGAACGAGAUUGACGUCUAUAUCAUCAGAUGCUUUUUUCAACAACACAAAACUCCAAUAUGUAAAUCUCAGAGACAAUAACCUAUCAACGCUGUCUUGGAGAACAUUUCAGAACUUUAACACAACUUUCCCGCUCCUGCUGUCCGGUAACCCUCUGGAUUGUGUUUGUGAGAACUUGUGGAUCAAACUGAGGUUGCUAGAAGAACCUGACAGUCAAGAGCUGAACUGCAUAGACGAGAGAGGAGUACCACAGGCCUUCACCACGCUCACUCCACCAGACUGCGUGGUUCCUAAAGUGGAGGUCAGCCCGUACACUGUGACGGAGAUGCAGGGGAGUAACGCCAAAGCUGUGUGCAAAGCCUCUGGCUCGCCUCCUCCUGAGAUCAUGUGGAACCUUGAUUGGCUCUCUACCCACCACGAGAUUGAUCCCUCUGAAACCGAGAGCAGCCUCACCUUGUCAGACCUGUCUCCUGAUGAUAAUGGCAAGGUGAUCAUAUGCAGCGCCGAGAACAUGGUCGGUCAGACUGAGGCCACCCUGCAGCUCAAUAUUCUCUUUGCCCCCACCAUCCAGCAGCUGCUGGGGCCGGAGCGGGACCACCACUGGUGCAUCCCCUUCAGCGUCACGGGGAAUCCCAAACCCGAGCUGCAGUGGUACCACGAGAAUAAAGCGCUCGAGGAGCAGGACUACAUCCGCACCAUGAUCCACGAGUCCACAGAGAGCGAGUACCACGGCUGCCUUCAGCUGGUCAACCCCACGCACAUCCACAACGGCGUGUACAGGCUGGUGGCGAAGAAUAAGUACGGCCGGGAUGAGAAGAAGGUGUCCGCCCAGUUCAUCAACCCGCCUGACAUCGACCAUACAGCAGAAGACCCCUUCUACUACUACACCACCGACUCUCCCCUCCCUCCACUGGACGACAGUGUUGCCGUGUAUGUCGUUGUGGGGAUCGCAGGAGUUGCUUUGACUGGCUGCGUUUUGAUGGUGAUUAUUCUCAAAUAUGGAAGAAACUCCAAGUUUGGUAUUAAAGGCUCCUCCUCAGUCAUCAGUAAUGACGAUGACUCUGCCAGCCCUCUUCAUCACGUCUCCAAUGGCAACAACACCCCGUCGUCCUCGGAGAUGGGUCCAGACGCAGUGAUCAUUGGGAUGACAAAGAUUCCUGUCAUUGAGAACCCACAGUACUUCCGCAACUCGGGCAGCAUGCUGAAAUCUGACACGUUUGUCCAGCACAUCAAGAGACACAACAUUGUGCUGAAGCGGGAGCUGGGAGAGGGAGCCUUUGGGAAGGUGUUCCUCGCCGAGUGCUACAACCUAACACCAGACCAGGAGAAGCUCCACGUGGCGGUCAAGACUCUGAAAGAGGCCAACGAGAACGGCCGGGCGGACUUCUACAGAGAGGCCGAGCUCCUCACCAACCUGCAACAUGAACACAUCGUCACUUUCUACGGGGUGUGUGUGGAGAGCGACCCACUCAUCAUGGUGUUUGAAUACAUGAAACAUGGAGACCUAAACAAGUUCCUCAGGUCCCAUGGUCCUGAUGCAGUGCUAAUGGCAGACGGUCAACACAGUAUCCUGGUGGAGCUCACCCAGUCCCAGAUGCUGCAUAUUGCCCAACAGAUUGCUGCUGGCAUGGUCUACCUGGCCUCCCAACACUUUGUCCACAGAGACUUGGCGACCAGGAACUGCCUGGUAGGAGAAAACCUGCUGGUCAAGAUCGGAGACUUUGGCAUGUCCAGAGACGUUUACAGCACAGACUACUACAGAGUGGGCGGUCAUACGAUGCUGCCAAUCCGCUGGAUGCCCCCAGAGAGCAUCAUGUACCGGCGGUUCACCACAGAGAGUGAUGUGUGGAGCCUCGGCGUGGUGCUAUGGGAGAUCUUCACCUACGGCAAGCAGCCCUGGUACCAGCUCUCCAACAAUGAGGUGAUCGAGUGCAUCACCCAGGGCCGUGUGCUGCAGCGGCCCCGCACCUGUCCUAAAGAGGUGUACGACCUGAUGCUGGGCUGCUGGCAGAGGGAGCCCUACAUGAGGCUGAACAUCAAAGAGAUCCACAGCAUGCUCCAGAGCCUCGCCAAGGCCUCGCCCGUGUACCUGGACAUACUGGGCUGAUGAUGCACCCGUGUUCUUGUAUGUACUCUUGCGUGCAUGUGUGUGAGCUGGAAGGCUUCGUACGUGGAGGGGCGGCUGUGUGUUUGUUUGCACAAGAUGUGACGGAGAGGAGAGCCGGAAAAAAAGGCUGUGCGACUGUGUGAGUGUGCCUGUGUACAGUACCUGGCUGUAAAUGUUCCUGUAAAUGCUAUCGUCCGUGUCCUCAUCAUCACAUCGAGAAAAGCCUUAAAUUUUUCUUUUCUUAUCCAUUUGUUACCGAGGCAUGUUUCACAAAUGGAAACCAAAAUGCAUACAGGAUAAUGUAACUUUAUGUGAAAGGCAUACAAAUAAAAGAAACCCGAUAAUCAGAAACAUUGAUUACUGGAUUUCUCCAUCUCAGUUCAUCAUAUUAAAUAAUCUAUUUGCUGGGAAUGAAAGGGAAAAAAACGUGUCUCUUUAAUGGACUCUGUGUGGACAUAACUUUGUAGAUAGAGCUUCUCUCAACACACAGAGCGACAUAUUCUGCAGGAAGAUAGAAAAAAUACUCAUCAAGUAACAGCUGAAGCUUUUUUAUUUUAUAUGUCACAGACUAUUUUAAUAUUUGUAGAAUUUAUAAAUGUUGACUCUGUUUUCUGUUGAUUUCAAUGUGUGGGGCUUUUCAGUCAUUUACAGAGGCUUUUAUUUCUUUGAAUUUUAAACAUAUGUGUGUAUUAUGGCACAUGAAUGUUUAAAAACAGUGUGAGACCCAUGUAGAUUCACAUACAUGCCUGUGUCUGUUAUGCACUGAACAAAAAUUUACACUUUUGUUUUUGCUUCCUUUUGUCACAGGUUUAAGUUAAAGAUAUGGGACUUUUUUACAGACCCAAGAGAUUAGUUCUCUCAAAUUUUGGUUGCAAGUAUGUUAAAAUCCAUGUCAGUGAGCACUUUUCUAAGACAAUCCUUCCACAUGGCAGCUAAUUAACAGCAUUAUUACUACACAGAUGUGCCUUGGGAUGGUCACAAUAAAAGGCCACGCUUGAAUGUGCAGCUUUAGCACUCGAUACAAUGCCACAGAUGGCGAAUCCAAUGCUCCCUGGAUUUGGCAGUACAUCCAACCGGCCACACAACCACAACAAGUUGGUUGCGAUGGCAAACUGUUGAGGGUGACAAGCAUGCAAAUGAGCUUUCCUGAGACGCUCUCUGACAUUUUUUUAAAUGUUUGCGGUUGUGCAGGCCAAUUAUUGCAAUAACUUGCAGGUAAAGACGUUGGAUGUGGAGGUCCUGUGCUGGUGUGAUUAUAUGUGGUCUGGAGUUGUAAGGCCGGUUGGAUGUACUACCAAAUACAUGGAAACAGCUUAUGAUAGUUGCACACUCCCUCAAAACUUGUGACAUUGUGAUACGUGAUAAAACUGCACGUUUUAAAGCAGCCUUUUAUUGCGACCAUCCCAAGGCACACCCAUGUAGUAAUGAGGCUGUUAACCCUUUGGAACCUGGAGUGACAUUACUUUUCUAGCGCUGUUUUUAGACACCAAUCACAAGUAUUUCAACCUUUGAACCCUGAGCAAACUGGCUUGAUUUUGUUCCAGAACAUAGGAUUUAGUAAAAUAUUGAAAUUGGUAAG